AUGACGACCUACUCGGCCAUAUCUGAUGGAAACGCUUCUAACACGAGAAGUGCCGGCGUCAUAACUCGACUCCGCGGACACAAGGAUGGCGGCCAGGGUGGCCAGGCCACCACCAUGAGCAGUGUGGUCAAUCUGCUGAAUACGAUUGUUGGCGCUGGCACGCUUGCCAUGCCCUCGGUCAUGUCCCAUAUGGGCAUCAUGCUCGGCGUUCUGAUGAUCGUCUGGUCUGGGUGCACCUCCGCCUUUGGCCUCUAUCUCCAGUCGCGAUGCGCCCGAUAUCUCGACCGCGGAACCGCCUCCUUCUUUGCCCUUUCGCAAAUCACGUACCCCAAUGCGGCCGUCCUAUUCGAUGCCGCAAUUGCCAUCAAAUGCUUCGGCGUGGGCGUAUCGUACAUGAUCAUUAUUGGCGAUCUGAUGCCAGGCGUCGUUCUUGGUUUCGCAGGCGCAGCGGCCGAGAUCCCGUUUCUUGUCGACCGAAACUUUUGGAUUACUGCAUUCAUGCUCCUCAUUAUUCCUCUGAGCUUCUUGCGAAGGCUUGAUUCUCUCAAGUACACCAGUCUUGUGGCUCUUGUCUCAAUUGGAUACCUGAUUGUCUUGGUCGUGUAUCAUUUCGCAGCCGAUAAGCAUGCCGACCCCCGCAGCAUUCGAGUCAUUCAAUGGGGAGGGGCAGUUGAGAUGUUCAGCGCCCUGCCAGUGGUUGUGUUUGCUUAUACCUGCCACCAAAACAUGUUCUCAAUCUUGAACGAACUCAAGGACAACUCGCCCUCCAGCAUUAUUGGUGUCAUAGGGAUAAGCAUUGGUUCCGCUGCCUCCAUUUAUACCUUGGUAGCCAUUACAGGUUACAUUACAUUCGGCAAUGCCGUCGUUGGGAAUAUUGUCUCAAUGUACCCUACUGGAGUUGCAUCGACCAUUGGCAAGGCGGCUAUUGUCGUUCUGGUCACAUUUUCGGUGCCGCUACAAGUUCACCCGUGUCGUGCUUCUCUGGACGCCGUCAUGAAGUGGCGGCCUAACCGCUCGCAGGCGUCCAUCGGACGAACAGCGUCGCCACUCUUGAAUACAGCUGCUGCACCACGAGGUGACCACGCAGCGGGUUCCAUGUCUGAUCUUCGCUUUGCUGUGAUUACCACUUUUAUUCUGAUACUGGCGUAUUUCACCGCCUUAUCGGUAACCAGCCUGGCUCGUGUGCUGGCCUUUGUUGGCGCUACUGGAUCGACAUCGAUUAGUUUCAUCCUUCCGGGACUUUUCUACUACAAGAUCAGUGACCCCGACAGCAGCUUUCAUCAGCGCUUAGUUAAGGAGGAUGAUGACAUCGAUGAGGAUUCCUCGUCUGAUAUUGAGGAGUCCGCCGCUCUUGCUCAAAGCACCACAAGCAUCCGCAGUGCCGCUAGCAUGGCAAGCAUCGCUAGCAUGGCCAGCAACCUCAGCGCCCACAACACUUCAAACUCGUGGCGAUGGCGGAAGAAGUGGCGCUGGGACCUGGAGCACAUCCACCACGCUAAUCUACGACGCCUAUCACUGGCGCUUGCGAUUUAUGGAAUGGUGGUGAUGGCCGUGUGCUUGGUCCUCAAUAUUUUUUUCUCUGCCGCUCAUUAG